AGAUAUUUUGUAAUUUAGAGCACUGAGCAGGCUAUAAAUUGAAAGUUAUGGGCAGCUAGUGUGGCUCAAGUUUCUCCAGCUUUUCUAGUUUACAAGCCUACGAAAAAGGUCACCUUAAUUCGCAUGAUCUGGGUAAUGCUUUCAAUCUUGUGAAGCGACAAUCAGGGAAUUUUCCUGCGCAAUUCAAACUGCAGGCAGGAUAUAAAAUCAUUUGCAGAAGCUAAGAAAGUAAGUUCAGUAUAGAAAAAAGAUUUACAAAAAUGCAUUCGGGAAAAAGAGUGGCGCUGGCUUCGGUACCAGAAGUGGUCCUAGGCUCGGUCGCCUUUGCCAUAUUCUGGAUGCUCGCUGUUUUUCCUGCUGUUCCCUUCCUGCCCAUCGGAAGGACAGCGGGGUCUCUCCUCGGUGCUAUGUUAAUGGUUGUCUUUCAAGUCAUCAGCCCCGACCAGGCCUACGCCGCGAUCGACCUCCCGAUCCUAGGCCUCCUCUUCGGCACAAUGGUGGUUAGUAUAUAUCUUGAGAGGGCCAACAUGUUCCAGCACUUGGGCAAAUUACUCUCUUGGAAAAGCAAAGGCGGUAAGGACUUGCUAUGCAGAGUCUGCCUGGUCUCCGCACUUUCAAGUGCUCUAUUCACCAAUGAUACUACUUGUAUUGUGCUGACAGAGUUCGUUCUCAAGCUCACGAGGCAGCAUAAUCUGCCCGUAAAACCGUUUCUUUUAGCUCUUGCCUCUAGUGCCAACAUCGGGUCUAGCGCGACUCCGAUUGGCAAUCCACAAAACUUGGUUAUAGCCAUCCAAAGUAAGAUCACCUUUCUAAAGUUCUUCACCGGAAUCGCGCCCGCGAUGCUCCUCGGUGUGGCGAUCAACAUAGUGAUUCUUCUUUGCAUGUUCUGGAAUCAACUUUCCGCAAAGAAGGCCGCAGAGGAGGUUAUGGAAGAGGCAGUUGCUGAGGAUGAAGUGCUCUCGCACAAGUUCUCUCCUGCGAGAAUGUCGCAUAUGAGCCCACUAGAGGGCCCUGCUGAAAACCAUAAUGUUCAGAAGAAUAGUCCAAAGACCGACACGAAGAAAUCAUUGCCGUGCUCUGACAUGAAAAAUUGUUUGAGUAAGAAGGACUUGUUUUUGAAGAGCUUUGUUUAUCUUGUGACUGUUGGGAUGCUGGUUGCUUUUCUUCUGGGGUUAAACAUGUCGUGGACUGCGGUUACUGCUGCGCUCGUACUCGUGGUUAUCGAUUUCAAGGACGCCGGACCUUCCUUGGAUAAGGUUUCGUACUCACUGUUGGUGUUCUUCUGCGGAAUGUUCAUAACUGUCGACGGAUUCAACAAAACCGGGAUACCGAGCGCUUUCUGGAACUUCAUGGAGCCGUAUGCGAGGAUCAAUCAUGCAAGCGGAGUGGCAGUGCUCUCCCUUGUCAUUCUACUGCUGUCGAAUGUUGCGUCCAACGUGCCUACUGUGCUGCUUCUUGGAGGGCAGGUGGCGAGGUCGGCGGCGGCGCUGUCGCACUCGGAGGAGGCGCGGGCGUGGCUGAUACUGGCGUGGGUGAGCACGGUGGCGGGGAACUUGUCGCUGCUGGGGUCGGCGGCGAACCUGAUCGUGUGCGAGCAGGCGCGGCGGUCGCAGGACUACGGCUACACCCUCUCCUUCUGGGGCCACCUCGUCUUCGGCCUCCCCUCCACCCUCAUCGUCACCGCCGUCGGUCUCCCCCUCAUCCGAGGCUAACCAACCUACCUACCUGCAGAUCACUCGAGGAGGAGUGCGAGAUCAAUUAAUUUUAUGCUGGAUUUGUAUACCUAAUGAAUGUCAUGAUGAAUGUCAUGUUGCAUGUGUUUUCUUAUUUCUUCUUUUGUAUAUUUUCCCGCGCUGUCUCGUUGGUUGCCGUUUCGUGGGCGCGCCUUGUUAUAACCGAAAGAAAAUCAAGUCCGGCUACUAUCCUCUAAAGAGGAUAGAAGUCUUUAUCGUA